AGUCUCCCUCCAUUCUCUAUUGUUUUCUCCUAUCGAUCAAUCUUUCCACCAUCUCUCCUUUUUUUUUAAACAAACCCUUUUGUGUUUUCAUCGAUUCAGAGACAUGAAUACCCAAGAUCACAGCAAAACAGGGGAUGAGGGUCAUGGACCGCAUAUAUGUCACAGAUGUGGAUGGCCUUUUCCAAACUCACACCCCAGUCCUAAACACAGACGAGCCCACAAGAGAAUUUGUGGAACCAUUGAAGGGUAUACAAAGCUUAUUGAAUCAGAAGCAAUUUCAGAUGAUGAACAUCAUUCUGAUGAAGAUAAAGAUAAAGAUAAAACCCCAAGUCCCAAGAUUGAGAAGGGGAUCAUCAAAGAGAGUGGCAACAGUGCUGGUGGGACUGAAGAUGAUUCGUUUUCAGAUGCGAUGACAGAAUUUUCAGAUAGUGGAAUCAGCCCAGUUGCUACCAAACUGUUAGACAGUCCAAUAGAGGUUAGUAAAGCGGAUGACAAUCUUGAAGUUUUUAAAACCCCAGAUACCCAUACAAAAGAUGCAGAUGAAACUGAAGAAAAUGAUAUAAAUACUGUGUGCAAUUCAGUCGACACACAAAUCAAAUUACUAGAUUCUGACAUGAAACCUUCAGAUCCUUUGAUCGAAGAUAGAGAUGGGUCCUGUAAGGAUAAACUUAUGGAUCUCGUGGAGAUUUCUAAUACUGUCGAGAUGAAACCAGAUUCUGCAAAUGCCAUGGAUGUUAGUAGUAAAAAUGUCGUUAUUUUUGAGGUAUCUGAUAAGGAUCAAGAGGAACCAGUUGUAUAUGUACUCUCUGUUCCAAGUGAUAUACCUCUAGUAGAUCACUCCGAGACUUUGAUUGAUGAUUUUAAAGAUCAUGAAACUAUUUACUCUAACGUUCCUAUGGUUCUAGACCAUGAUACUUUCGAAGUCAAAACAGAGGAACACAAGAUUCAAGAAAGUCAAGCCUCAGAAACUGGGGAGUUUUCCAUCGAUGAGUCUAUUGUUUCUGAACACCCAAAUACAGGCUCCAUUCUUGUUCCUACAGAUGUUACUGAAGAAGUUAAAGAGUCAGAAACUAAACCUUUGGAGAUGAGCAAGACUGUCCCUGAAGCAAAAGUUUCUCUUGGUGAAAGGACAGAAACAGCUAGUAAAGAAAUCAAUCAGGAAAAGCUUGAAUUUGAUCAUGAACAUGCUCCAGAAGUGGUCAAAAAUACUGAAAUUGAUCAUGGUGAUCCAGUUUUGACUGAAGAAGAUCCGGCUUCAGAAAGACCAUCAGAAGCAUACACUCAGGAAUUUGUCAAAGAACCCGAAAGUGGUUUUGAAGCCGAGCAAAAGAUAAUGGGAAGUGUGGGUGUUGAUUCAAAAGAGAGUGGCAACCUUGGAAUUUCACAAAGAUCGGAAAAACUUAUGCCGGAAAAAGAAGAACAAUGGCCUACUGCUUCUGGGAUUGUUUCUGGAACUCUGGUAGAUGAAGAUGAUGGCAAGCUGAUGACCAAUCAAGAUUCUGUUGUAGAUGCAUCAGUUGGCUCGAGUAGUCGCAAUAGCUUGGAGGGCAAUUGGGGAUCAGUUUCAGUGCUCUCAACUGCUUCAGUUGAUGUCGAAAAUGCACAUUCCAUUGGUAAGUCGGAAAUUGUGGCGGAUAAAAGCCGGUUGGGCAAAUCAGAAGGUUUUCAGGGUCAGUCUUUGGUAGAACUUAAAGAGGAAAUAAGUUCUGAAACGCAAAACUCUGAACCACCAAAAUCUGAAGCCAAGAUCGUUAACGAAAGUGAAGGAAGAAAGAGAAACGAAGAGGCAAUAGCAAAAGUUACAAACUGGAGCACAGGUGAAAACUCUACUUCUACUACUACUAUGACUACUCCCUUAAAGAAUCUGGCAAAAUAUUCGAAUCCUACAGAGUUAUCGAAGAAUGUGAUCCGAAAAGACGAGGUUGUCGAGAAAAGUAGAGAAGCUGAAAAAUCAAAUUUGACAUCGGAAACUCCUUCUCCACCGAAAUACAUUGGUGACGGGAAGAAGGUUAGAAAGAAAGGCAAGGGAAGAGGGUCGUGGAUACCAUUUGGGUGCUGUUCUUCAGUAAAUGUGAACUAGAAAGUUGUUACAGAUGCCAUCUGGUUGAUUUGGUUACAUUUGGUUUUAGAUUUUACAGAAGGUUGGAACUGUUUUAUAGAUAGAAGCAGCAGCUGGUAAAAAAAACAUAAAGUGUCGUUUGGGUUAUUGUAUUCUGUGUAUUUUGAGAUUAAGAAAAUAAGUUGUGUGUUACU